AUGGCUCUGGUGGGAGAUUUAGGGCUCAAGUUUGGCGGGGGGAUGAGGAAAGACUCGGGCAUCAUCGGCCUAAACAAAAGUUUUUUCUCCGGCGCCCCGAUUUCUAAAAAAGACAACCUUUUUCUCGGUCCGAGGAAUUUGAGGCCUGUAGAGCCCAAAUCUAGGUUCAAAAUUCAGGCAGUGAUGCAACUGGGUGUUGAGAGAAGAGAAAUUUCAACAGAUCCCAAGAGUUCGGAGGGGGUUUUGGGAUUCGACGUGGUUUCGGAAGCGGAGCUGAGGAAAAAGGGAUUCUCGGGGAUGAGGAAGACGAAGCUCGUGUGUACGGUGGGGCCCGCUUGCUGCUCGUCGGCCGAGCUGGAAAAGCUGGCCCUUGGGGGCAUGAACGUGGCCAGGCUUAACAUGUGUCACAAUACCAGAGAAUGGCAUAGGGAUGUGAUUGGGAAAAUCAAGAAAUUGAAUGAGGAAAAGGGUUAUUGUGUGUCUGUGAUGAUUGAUACUGAGGGUAGCCAGAUUCAUGUGGUUGAUCAUGGUGCUCCUUCCUCUGUAAAAGCAGAGGAUGGAUCGAUUUGGUUCUUUACAACUGAAAAGUUCGAGGGGUUGCGCCCUUUUACGGUUCAAGCAAAUUAUGAAGGUUUUUCCGAGGGGAUUAAUGUGGGUGAUGAGAUUGUGUUUGAUGGAGGAAUGGCAACUUUUGAAGUCGUAGAAAAAAUUGGGAACGAUUUGCGUUGCAAGUGCACGGACCCUGGCUUACUCUUGCCACGAGCCAAACUGAGCUUCUGGAGAGAUGGAAAGCUUGUAGAGAAAAAAUAUGAACUUCCAACUCUGUCCACUAAGGAUUGGGCCGACAUUGAUUUUGGAAUCUCUGAAGGCGUUGAUUUUAUAGCCAUGUCUUUUGUCAAUGAUGCCGAUGCUGUUAUGCAUUUGAAGAGUUAUAUUUCCAACAAAUCCUCCAAAUCAAUAAAAGUCUUGGCAAAGAUAGAGAGCCUCGAGUCACUUCAUAAAUUGGAGGAAAUUGUCAAGGCAUCUGAUGGUAUCAUGAUAGCGAGAGGUGACCUCGGAGUCGAAAUCCCACUCGAACAAAUUCCGAACGUGCAAGAAAAAAUUACAUUCACGUGCAGACAGCUUAACAAGCCUGUAGUUGUUGCUUCUCAGCUUCUCGAGUCAAUGGUUGAAUAUCCUACUCCAACCAGAGCCGAGGUAGUUGCUGAUGUUUCUGAAGCUGUACGCCAAUAUGCGGAUGCAUUGAUGCUGUCCGGGGAAUCAGCAAUUGGCCCAUUCGGGCAAAAGGCUCUCUCUGUGUUGAGCACUACCAGCAGCAGAAUGGAACUAUGGAGUCGUGAGGAGAACAGGCAAAAUGUUCUGUCGAAGCAUAAACUUGCAUCAUCCUUGCCCGACCAAAUAGCCGAGCAAAUAUGCAAUUCUGCUGCACAAAUGGCAAACAACCUAGGACUCAAUGCCAUAUUUGUGUACACGAGGCAUGGCCAGAUGGCGUCCUUGAUCUCUCGCAAUCGCCCGAACCCUCCCGUGUUUGCUUUCACGAGCGAUGGCAGCACGCGCAUGGCACUCAAUCUGCUGUGGGGGGUCACACCGCUCCUUCUCCUGGACCUCUCGGAUGACAUGGAAGCUAACAUAGAGAAAUCCAUAGACCUUGUUAAAACCCGAGGGCUGAUCAAGAAGGGCGACAUGGUCUUGAUCGUCUCGGAUAUUAUACCAACCUCAACGUCUCAGACCGUGUUUCAGUCAAUUCAGGCCAUCCCGUCUCCUGGUGUUAGGGCGGGUGGUCCGACGGUGGGGGAUUUCGGGUUGCCGAGUCGUGGGUCUUCGGGCUGCCGGCGGUGGUGA